UUGAAACGGAGCAGGACUGUUGACUGUUUUUUUUGUCUGCAGAAGGAAGAAGGAAGAUAAGGAGAAGCUAUAGUUGAGAAAGAAGGGACAAUGAGUGCGCGGUUAAGGAAUAUGACGGCUAUAAGGCUCGGUCAGGCCAGAAGAGCAUUUUCCUCGUCAUUUGUCACUGCGAAACCACCGCAGGGAACUCAACCAAACCAAAAUAACAAUGCACCGAACGCUAAAAAAAAAGACAACACGCCGGUAGGCGGUUUCGGAACCGACGCUCUCUUUGGCAGUUACCCAACUGCUCCGAGGAGCCAGUCGAGACAUGUGUUGGGGACGAUGGAUACUGAGAAUAUGAGCUUUGAUGAUCGGCUGACACAGGCAACUACGGAUACUGCGGCUGUCAACACGAGGGGACUGGGAUAUGAACAUUUUUUUAGAGAUAGACCUAGACGGGCGCAGAGUAAUUCGAGGCCCAUGCGGAGUGGUGCGAUGAACAUGCAGCUUUCGCAUGAACGCGAGGAGAAUGUUGAUCUUGACUAUCUUAGUACCGAGACUGAAGACUACCUCGGUGGAUCAAGGAGGAGCGAACAAGACGAACGCCGACGGAUGCUCGAGCGAGACCGGGAGCGAAGCGAGAUGAUGAAGGAGCGCGCUAGAGAAAAGAGACAAGCAAAGGAAGGUUCGCGAGGCAGAGACAAGCCUUUGCAGAAUGCUACGGAUGACGCAGAGCUCACUAUAGCGGAUAUCCAGGAGCCUGAGAUUGUUCCGAGAACGGUGGAGAAGAAGAAGCCGAAGCAGGAGAAGAAAGAGACGCAAGAUGACUGGGAUGUGAGGAGACUUGUUGUUCCGCCGACAAUCUCGGUGCAGAAACUCGCGACUCUUAUUAAGGUCACUCCGAUGCUUCUUAGGAACGUUAUGAGGAAUCUGGGUUACGAUAAUCUCGCGUUUGACUACAUCCUCGACUUUGAAAACGCAGCUCUCAUCUGCCAAGAAUUCGGCUUCGAAGCCAAAGAAGGCAAAAACAUCGACAUCUUUGCACAGCCCCUCCCGCUAGACACGGAAACACUCCCGACCCGUCCUCCGUUUGUCACAAUCAUGGGCCACGUCGACCACGGCAAGACCACGAUUUUGGACUAUCUGCGCAAGUCUGCGAUUGUGGAAGGCGAGCACGGCGGAAUCACGCAGCAUAUCGGUGCGUUCUCGGUGCCGACGCAGAGCAAUGACAAGACAAUCACGUUCCUCGAUACGCCGGGACACUCUGCGUUUCUAAAGAUGCGGCAGCGCGGCGCGAACGUGACUGACAUCGUUAUCCUUGUCGUCGCGGCAGACGACUCGGUGAUGCCGCAGACGAUCGAGGCAAUCAAGCACGCGCGCAACGCCAAAGUUCCCAUCAUCGUGGCCGUCAACAAGAUCGACAAGCCGAACGUGAACGUCAAUAAGGUUUACGAAGAUCUGGCGGUGCAGGGCGUCAUCGUUGAGGAAUACGGCGGGGAUACGCAGGCGAUUAAGGUCUCGGGGUUGACCGGCCAGGGCAUCGACGAGCUCGAAGAAGCGAUUCUCGCGCAGGCUGAGAUUCUCGACCUGCGUGCGCCUGUUAAUGGUAAGGUCGAGGGAUGGGUUGUCGAGUCCGAGGUGAUUAAGGGCCGCGGAACGGUUGCGACGGUGGUCGUGCGACGAGGACAGCUGGUCAAGGGACUGGCGCUGGUAGCGGGUACGGCGUACUGCCGCGUGAAAGCACUGCGGGAUGAGAACGGACGCAUGAUGCCUUUCGCUGGACCUGGGUUCCCUGUCGAAGUCGAAGGGUGGAAAGAGCUUCCGGAAGCAGGCGACGAGGUGCUUGAGGCCGCAGACGAAAAGCAUGCGCGGCUGGUGGCGGAGUUCAGGGCAGAGAACGAGGUGCAGCGGGUGUUGCUUGACGAUCUCAAUGAGUUGAACGACCGACGACAGCAGGACCGAGACAACUACAGCCAGCGCCUGGAGCAUGAGCGAACGACGAUGACGAACAAAGCUCGACAGAAGCGCAGACGGACUCAGACGUUUUUGGUCGACCAGAACGAGGACGGGGACGUAAAGUAUCGGAAUUUCAUUAUAAAGUGCGAUGUGAUGGGGUCUGUGGAAGCGAUCAUUGACUCGAUCUCGACGAUUGGAAACGACGUUGCUAAAGUGCGCGUGGUCCACCCCGAGUCCGACCUUGGCCCGCCGACUGCGUCGGAUGUCGCGCUCGCAAAGACGGCGGGAGCGGAUAUUAUCUGCUUCAAUGUGAAGCCGGACCGCGAGAUCAAGGCGUUGGCUGCGAGAGAAGGCGUGAAGCUGGUGACGCACAAUGUGAUUUACCAUCUGAUUGAGGACGUGACCUCGCGCACGGCGGAGCUGCUGCCGCCGAUCAAUGUGAAGAAGACGGUAGCGGAGGCGGAGAUCCGGAUGAAGUUCGACGUGACGGCGAAGAACGGGCAGAUUGUGUCGAUUGCCGGGUGUAGAGUGAUUUCAGGGACAGCGAAGCGGACGUUGAAUGUGAGUGUGAUGCGCGGGGACGAGGAGUUUUAUGACGGGACGCUGGAGGCGAUGAAGCAGGGCAAGAAGGACGCGAGCGAGGUGCAGAACGGGAGUGAGUGUGGCAUUAUGUUUAAGGAUUUCAGGACGUUUGAGUCUGGUGAUAUCGUGAGGUUUUACACUUUGACGCAGACGAAGGCGUAUUUGUAGUUUGAUGGCUGUACAUAUUUUUCUAGAUUAUGAAU